AUGGCCGGUUUAUUAACUGGUUUGCAGGCUUGUGGGCCUGAUGAUGACUGGUCCGGCGUGAAGGAGAGGGCCGAACGGCGCAAGAUACAAAACAGGCUCAACGUGAGGGCACAUCGCAAAAGAAAGGCGCUAGAAGAUGGAAAUCUUCUUGAUAAUGUCCUUGCUUCUCGCAGACGCAAGCCUCGCACAGGAGCCGGGUCCACGACUGGUCGGAUCGCCACUGAGAGCUCCGUCUCCAACCAGGUUCAAACCACCGCGCAACAGAGUCGGAAUACGCGACGAGCCAUCAUGGCACACUUGCGUUCCAAUCGCGGGCUCGGGGAGCUCAAAGCACGGUUUCCCAUCAGCCGCGAUCACCUUAUCCCGCUGAUCCAAUACAACGCCUUGCGCGCGAUACUCACCAACAUCCACAUCCUCUAUAUCUGUAACUUGAUAAUUGAGCCUUUCCCGGACACCAGCUGUGUCCCGACAGAAAUUCAGCGUGUGGUUCUCUGGGACACAAGCCAGCCAGCCCAGGAGCCUCCUGACACGCUGCAACUAACGCCGCUCCAGCAAAGAAUGCCUCAUGGGCCUUGGAUUGACACUCUGCCGCUUGCCAAGAUGAGAGACAACGCGAUCGUGCUGGAGGGCUCAUUUGACUUCGAGGAGUUUAUAACGGACUGUUUCGGAGCCCUAUGCAAUUCUGGGCGCGGCAGAGACAGUUCCGGCGAAUGCGGCGUGAUUGCGUGGUCGGAUCCUUGGCAUCCGCGAGGCUGGGAGUUUACCGAGGGGUUUAUCAGAAAGUGGAAGAGGAGUAUGCUGGAGGGGUGCGAAGACACAAUAGAAUCUACAAACUAUUGGAGGAGUCUGAGGGAAGAAGAGCCUUUAGUAUGGGAUGACCUCUAG